UUUUGUGAAGAAAUAGUGUGUUAUAGUGAGAGACGGUUAGAGAAAAAAAGGAAAAAUUUUUUUUAAUUUUGUAGGGGUUCUUAGAUGACCUUGUAGGGGUUCUAGUUAAUUUAAAAAAAAAAAUAAAAAAAUUUUUGGGUGGGACUUUAAUGUCAUGCUGAGUUGUGAAGAAAUAGUGUGUUAAAAUGAGAGACGGUCAGAGAAAAAGAGAAAAAGUUUUUUAAUUUGUGGGGUUUCGAGCUUAAUGAAUUUUAAUAAUUUUUUGGCUGUUUUUAUUUAAUAUUUUUGAUGUUUAAUUUUUUAGAUAAACUAGAUAAAAAAAUUUAAAAAAAUGCAACAAUCUUCACUUAAUCUUUAUUUUUCAUCUCCGCGUGCUUCAACAAUUUCUGCUAAUGCUUUAAACGAAAAUAAAUUGCGUCGAGCAAAAUCAACGCCUAGAGGGAACAGAAAGGUGUCCUCAAUGCUUAAAUCUAUUGAAAAUGCGAAACAAACAAUUCUGGAUGUUGGGCAAAAGAGGAUUGGAAUGGAGCAUUGUGUUAAGUGUGGAAUGGUAUACAGCUUAGAAACUCCAUCAGAUGUCAAACAACACGAACGCUUCCAUAAUCGAUUUACUGAAACUGCAAAUUUUAGAGUUUCACAGACUCAAAUUGAACAGUGGAAGAGCGUGCUUCAAUAUGAAAACGUGGAGUCGCCACUUCCUGGUAUUCUAUUUGGUGUGCGAUCAACUUCCACGGCUACGCUUAAACGAAAAUUGGAGACAAUAAUUACCAAUUUUGUAAACACUGAAAUUGGUUAUGCACCAGAUUUACCAGUCUGGGAUGCUCACGGAAAGCGUAAAGGUUUUGUUUUUGUAAGCAAUUCAAAGCCGCCGUUUGUUGGAGGUUUGUUGCUUGUUGAUCCGGUUACCGAAGUUAUUUUGAUGCCUGAAGGGAAGCGUUUCAAAUCAAUCAAAAUCGGUUCAAUCCUCGGCGUUGACAGAAUUUGGGUUCAUUCUCAUUUAAGAAGGAAGGGACUUGCUACGUGGCUUUUGGACACGGCUAGACGCCUUCUAUCUCCUAAAGAUGGUGACUUACUUAGGAAAUCGAGAGUGGCUUUUGGCGAUCCAAAUGAGUUGUGUGUUAAAUUGGCGAUUAAUUAUGUUGAAGAAAACAAAGGUUUUUUAAAAAAUUUUAUUUUAUUCUCUCCGUAUUUCUAG